AUGACCUCCGACGCACAGUAUGAAGUAGACUUCGAGUGGGAAGAAGACAACCCCUUGAACUGGCCUACGUGGUACAAAACCCUCAUUAUCUUCGUCAUGAGCUACUCCACCACCUGCGUUGUCCUCACUUCGACCUCCUUCACCUCAGCCAUCCCUGGCCUUGAAAAGUCAUUCGGCAUCUCGGACGCGGAGGGUAUCUUGGGAGUGACGACCUAUCUCCUCGGCAUAGCUGUUGGUGCUCUCUUCCUCGCUCCGCUUUCGGAAAUGUACGGACGAAAACCGUGCUACGUCGUCUCAUUGGCACUCUUCCUCGUCUUUGUUGCAGUCUGCGCGGAGGCACAGAAUAUGGCCACUAUCCUCACUAUCCGCUUCUUCAGCGCUUUCUGUGCUUCGGCCAUGAUUAGCAACGCUCCCGGGUCCGUGAACGACAUCGUGACGGAGAAGUAUCGUGCUCUAGCUUUCAGCAUAUGGUCUAUAGGCCCGGCAAACGGUCCAGUCCUCGGCCCCGUAAUCGGGGGCUUCGUCUACCAGUACCUUGGGUGGCGAUGGACGUUUUGGGUGGUCGUUGCUGCGGCAGGAAGCGCUUGGUUGAUGGUGUCGGCCAUCAAGGAAACCUACACCCCAGCCAUCCUACGAAAGAGGGCGGCGAAGCUGCGGAAAGAGACCGGAGAUGAACGAUACCAUUCGGCAUACGACAACAAGCUCAAGUUUGGCGCCCUGCUGAAAGUCAACCUCUCCCGGCCCUUCAUCAUGGCCGCCACCGAGCCCAUAUGCAUGUUCUGGGAUAUUUACAUUGCAUUGGUGUACGGCAUCCUGUACCUCUGCUUUGUUGCCUACCCGAUCGUCUUUGGCGGGCUCCGCGGCUGGUCUUCCGGCUUUGUCGGUCUUUCCUUCGUGGGAAUCGGUGUCGGCGGCAUGAUUGCCAUCGUCUGCGAACCCCUCAUCCGCAAAUGGAUCGACCGUUCCAAACCCGACGCAGACACGCCCCCACCGCCCGAAGCAAUGGUAUCCGUAGUCUGCUUGGGAGCGAUUCUGAUUCCUGCCGGGCAAAUCUGGUUUUCAUGGACUUGCACGCCGAACGUCCACUGGAUCUGGCCUAUCGUCGCCGGCAUCCCGUUCGGCUGCGGCAACAAUCUAGUCUUCAUCUAUGCAUCCGCUUACCUCGUGCAUUCCUACGACAUCUUCGCCGCCAGCGCACUGGCCGGAAACGCAGUGCUGCGGUCCAUCAUGGGCGCGACAUUACCACUCGCUGCUCCGCCGUUGUUCGCCGCGCUAGGUCCGAAUUGGGGCGGCACACUGCUCGGCAUGUUGGAGGUGGUGUGCAUUCCGAUUCCGUUCAUCUUCUACCGCUACGGGGCGAAGAUUCGAGGAAGGUCGAAGUUGAUUCGCGCCAUGCGAGAGAAUAAGGAGAAGGCGGAGAGGAAGAAGAGAAAGGCGGAUGAGAAGGUUAGGAAGCGGGCGGAGGCGGACGCAGCUGAGGCUGCUGGGAUGGCGACUGGGGCGGCGGUGGUGGAGAGUGUGGUUAUUGAGACGGACUUGGAGAAGGGAGGCAAGAAGUAA